AUGAGUGGCAAUAAAGUGAUCAGAAAAGACACAUUAGUUUUGGUGACAAACAAAUGCCAACAGAUUCUGUUGGGACUCAAGAAGCGUGGCUUUGGUGUGAAUAAGUGGAACGGAUUCGGGGGUAAAGUCGAGGCGAAUGAGUCAAUCGAAGACGCGGCCAAACGUGAACUUCUGGAGGAAUGCAAUCUGGAGUGCAAUCGUUUGGAGAAAAUCGGUAUUUUGAGCUUUGAGUUCGUGUCGGACCCGACAGCCCCUCAACACCUGGAGAUACAUGUCUUCCACACACAGGACGUGUCGGGAGAAGUGCGAGAAUCGGACGAGAUGAAACCCAAAUGGUUUGCCAUCCAAGACAUACCAUUUAAGGACAUGUGGGCCGACGACCCCCUCUGGUUCCCAAUUUGGCUGAAGGGCUCCCGAUUCAGAGGAUUCUUCAGAUUCAGUGGUCAGUCCACUAUCACUGACUACACUCUCCAAGAGAUCAGCAAAGACUCUAAACUCGAAGCCAUUCAAUACUAA